AUGUCCCAAAUACCUCUCAACGCAGCCGCCUCCAUUGGCGACAACAACCGCCAGGCCACCUCGUCCCUCCCGCCAGAGGUGAUCCAGUGCCUCGAGAAUGCCCGCUUCCUCCAUCUCGCGACAUGCACCGAUAACAUCCCCAACGUCUCCCUCAUGAACUACACCUACCUCCCCUCCUCGCCGUACUCGCCCUCGGAGCCCGUCAUCGUCAUGACCACCAACCCGGCCUCCAAGAAGAUGGCCAACCUCGUCACGAACCCGCACGUCUCGCUGCUCGUGCACGACUGGGUCUCGCACCGCCCGCCCACCACCACCGCCCGCCGCCUCUCCGGCGGCGCCUCCUCCGUCUCGCCCUCGCGCUCCAGCCUCGCCUCGCUGCUGCUCAACCUCAACACGAGCGCCAUGUCCAGCAUCAGCGCCACCAUCAACGGCAGCGCCCGCGUCGCCGACGCCGGCACCGACGAGGAGAGGUUCUACCGCCAGGCACACCUCGACAACAACACCUUUGACGACGACGCCGGCGCCGGAUUCAACCCCUUCGGCCAGCCCGGCGGAGCCCGGGCCGGAGGGGACGGGGCUUCCGGCACCGAGGACGGCGGGCGGGAGUGCUUCGUUGCCGGCGAGGAGGUCAGGGUCAUCAUUGUUGCCGUGAGGGGCGUGAGGAUCAGCGACUGGAAGGGCAACGUAAAGGACUGGGAGCUUGUCAGGUCGGCGGCGGGCGACCAGCAGCCUGUUCUGGUGAACGGUGUUAGCUGA